GUUUUUCUUUCUAGGUGGUGAUCCUGAUAAUUAUUUCACACCACAGAAACAGAAGUUGGUGAUACUUCGAGAUCAAAAGUUUCAAGAAGGUGUUAUCCCCCUUCUUUGUGGAAGCACAGCUGUGGGAGGCAAUUCUGUGUUUGCAUAUCGUGAAUCAUGGGAAGUGAAAUCAGAUGACCCUGAUGGUGCCUUGAAUUUCUUCAACAUUCUGGAGACCCAGAUUAAUAGUCCUCUUCAAGACAGCCUUAUUUCAGAAGGAUGCAUUGUGAUGAUAGCUUAUCCUACAAUCACAGAGGAAUCAGAGAUGGACUCUUAUGCACAAAAGCUAACUGAAGCUGUGGGUGUGGUUAUUAAUAAGUGUCCAGAUGUGGUGAUUUUGUUGGUGGAAAUUUCUCAAAGUGGUGGAGACUCUCAAAUGUUGCAGCUCGUGAAGGGAAAGAUUGAGUUUCUAGUCAAAGCUCUGACUACUGCAACUUUUGGAGUAACCGAGAGGACUUGGCAUCUGGAGUGUCUUGACUUCAAAGGACAACAGGGUAUGGAAUGGGGUAUUGGCGUUUUGGAUAUCUUGGCAAAUCUGUAUGACCAAAAUGGACAGUCCAGUUUACUGAUCAACAUGACAGUGACAAAGCAGAACUUUCAGAAGGAGGUGGUGUCCACGCUGAAUAAAUGUGUUUCUCUGGUGGCUCAGAGGGUCCCUUGGCUGCACUGUGAAUGGGAAAAGACUGUGCUGCAUAUUGCUGACAAGCUUCCAAGAUUUGGUGCCUCCUCUCAAAAGGAACUGUUCCAUACUACAGACAAGGAAGCAAGAGAAAAAUCCCACAAACGCUUCUCAUUCGCUCGCCUUGGAAAAGUUCUCAAUCUCUUACAAAACUGGGGUGAAUGUUUAUAUACUCCAAAUCUAAAAGUGAGCCUGUGUGCUACCAACAUGCGUGCCUAUGAAGAGAUCUGCUCAAAACUGAUCACCGAGACUCCCCCUGAGAGAAUCUACCUAGGCUUUCUUGGUAAAGAAGUUCCAUUCUGGACAGCCAGUUCUGCAGGAAAAGUCCUGGCUGGACAAAAGGCACCAGGAGAUGCUGCUCAUGUUCUGGGACUGCUCAAGCGCCAAGGUCUCCUUCUGCCAGUGCCAACCAAAACACUUGGGGCUCGUGUGGACAAAGAGAAAUACAUAUAUGUGCGCAUGGAAGAUGUUCCAGAUUAUCAUGAAAUUCUGAAAUCUAUGUGGCCUGAACCUCGUCCUAAGAGCAAAGUGCUCCAAAAUAACAGAUGUUACAACUUCCUGCCAGCAGUGCCUCCUAGUUUUUAUCCCAAGCUGCUCAGGACCCUUCUUAAGAUUUUCCAGCCUCUGCUUGUCUGGAAGACAGGCUUUUUCUUGCGACAGGGCCCUGUGGAUAUCAUGGCAUCAUUGCACAGAUAUGUGGGGGGAAGAUUGGACAGGGUCCCUGUCCUGUUUCUGUCUGCUCGAGUGGUGGACUUGCGAAUGGACAAAAGGUUCCGCUCCACAGAGGAGGAUCGGCAUAAAGCGACUCAAGAAGUACGGCACGUGAUGUUCUCUGGCUUGAAACAAGUCAUGGCUGUUGUUGACUACGCUUGUCAAAAAACAAAGAUUUAUGCUGCUCGGACCCUGCCUUGCCCAGAAUGUGGGGAAUUUGAAACAGAAGGAAUGCUGGCUGAAAAGACUUGGCAUCUUCCAUACUAUAUUUCCUUAGCCAGCAAGCACAGAGGGUGCAAAAAGCACAAGCGAAUCAAUUGCUCAUUUUUGUGCGAUCUUACAGAAGAGCACGGAGAGGGACCCAUUAUACCCUACCACAACUACUCAUACCACAUGGCAGCUUCCAAAGUGGUGGAAAACAGAAUCAAGAAAGAAAGACAUCGUCCAAUGGACCCAGCAGAAAGAUGCUUCUAUUGUGGCUCCUUGCUGGACACUCCCUGCCUUCAUUGCCUCAUGUGUUUGGAAUGUUGCUGCCAGUUUGCGAAAAUUGCUAAGUCUCUUCAGCCGGGCUAUCUGAAAAACACUUCCUUCAAGAUUCAACUAAUCCGAGACGGUGAGUUAAAAGAUGAUGACAGGAUCAAACGCAACACAGCAGGCAGCGUUUUUUACUACAAAAAAGGACAUUGUAUGCAGUUCCUCAAACCAAUGGAUCCAAUCUACUGGAACGAGACUCGGAUUACCAUUCUACGGGGUGCCACUUUCUUCUGCCGCAUGUCUUUUGGCUCAGGGAAGCAACUGGAGUACAAAGGCAUGGCAGGGGCUUUUGUCGACCAGGACGGAAAAACUCACACUGAUGAAAACUGGAAGAGCAGAGAUGCAAACUCUAUCACAAUCCAGCUGGAACCAGUCAAGCUUGGGGAGAGAGUGAGGGUCAACAUUAUUCUGAGAGGUCUUCUGGUUCACACUGAGGAAGUGGAUGGGUGGCACAUGAAGAUAGAUAUGAAGUCUGAGAAAGCAGGCAUUUACAUCAUCAAUAUCCCAGGAAUUAAGAGCUCCUGGAGUUUGGGACACAGUGACUUUGAGCCUGGGAGAACCCUGGAAGUGAACCUGGAAGGAUCAGGUGCACACAGAGCAGUCAUUAAAGAGAGACAGCCUAAUGGAAACCUUGUUCUUGAUGUUGAUGGAGAGGAACGACAUUUCAUCUACUCCAGUGAUCAACUCAUGCCUGACGGGACAAGUGAAGCUUUGGGAACUGCUUUGUCUUCAGCAGAACUUUCUGGUAAAGAUCAAGGACAGAAGACUCCAGUACCUUUAUGGUCUUUCUUUAAAUUCCAAGUGCCUUGUGGUUAUCAAGCCCUGAUGAAGAAGGAAAGACCAGAAGCCUUGAAAAAGCUACAUGAUGACUUGAUAAUGCCUUGUACCCCUGUGCACUUUCCUUCAGUUCUAUAUGCCAGGCAAGUUCAACUUCGAGACAAAGUUGAGAGCAUUCUCUACACUGAGGGAAAAUGGAACUUCUCAGUGUUGCCCCUCCUGGUUCUACCAGAGAGUCUGACGAUGGACAAUUUGGUCCAAAGUUCCCAUGAGGUGUUCACAAGAAGCUUCAAACUUCAUCCUCUUUGCUACUUCAGAGCUGACGUCAGCCUUGUCAUGUCUUCUAUGCCAUCCAGCCGGGAGCAGGCUGUGGUAGAGUGCUUCCACUCCCUGCACAUGCUGGACAAUGAAGGGUUUGAGUUUGAACCCUCAGAGGACACUUCUGAACCAGGAGUCUGUCUUCUGUGGGCCUGGAUGCUGAUACUGCUGCGAUUUCAACAUGAGCCUUUGCCGGAAAUGAAAGCAUUGACUCAAGGGAUUGCUGGUGCUGAUAAAAUGAGUGUUCAGGAGGUUGAAUCAGGACUGAUGAAGAUCAUUCAGCAAUUUAGAGAUGCAUUGUUUCUCAGCUUGGGAAAAGCUUUUGAUGUUUCCACUCUCAUAAACGACACAAUAGCAAAGAAAUGGCAGGAUUUGAUGAUGCAGCACGGCCCGUCACAAGGUCUAAAACCAACCAAACUAGUCUUAAUGGAUGAGACGUUGAUGAUGUGUGAGACCCAUCAAGCAACCUGGCAAGUUGAUAAAGAGCUCAGCAAGUUCCACGAGUUACCUGGCAUGUACACACACUUCAUCUACUCCCUGAAUCUGAGCUCCAACCAGCUGACAGAAAUCCCAUCUGAUCUUUUUAAAAGUAUACCCCAUUUGAAGGACCUUGGACUUUCCAACAACCUGCUUGAGAAACUUCCAGAUGAGCUUGGCUGUUGCACGGAGCUGGUCACCCUUAUUCUGGCCAUCAACCGAAUCAAGGAACUCCCUCACACCAUGGUCAACUGCCAGGAACUGAAGAGGCUGGACAUAGAACAUAAUGACUUCUCAGAGUUUCCUCCAGUGGUGUUCAAGCUGAAAGGUUUGAACCGGUUGUAUGCACAGCACUUACAGCUGAGAACUCUGCCUGAAGACAUUGGAAAUUUGACCGACUUGGAAGUUCUGUCCCUGAAUGGCAACUGUUUCACUGAACUACCGAGCACUCUGGCCAAUCUGCAGAAACUGAAUAAGCUCUCUCUGAAUGGAGUCAUGUGGGCAAAGGUGAAGAGCAACGUGCUGUUGUCCAAAGCCAACUUCGAGGAUGAUUUCUUGCAGAGCAACAACCUGCACCAGUGGCUGGAGCGCCACAAUCAGGACAAAGCAUCUAUUUUCCGUCUUUUUGAUGAAGACACCAAUGGAACUCUGGAUCCUAAGGAGAUUGGGAAGCUUAAUGCUACAAUGUUCCAUGUUUUUCCCCGAUUUGGCUACAAAGGAAUAGAGCAACCAGAUGAUGAUACCCCGAGUGGUUUUCCUGAGGUGGUCUUUGAGCUGAAGAAUCUGACGUAUCUGUCGCUGCAGUACCAGGCUAUUGUCAGUGUGCCAGAGGGGAUUGGCAAGUUGACCAAACUGCAGAAUUUACAACUGGGAAACAACCCUAACCUUUUGUCAAUAUCAGCUCAGAUGGGUGCCCUCCCUCUGAAACGAUUGGAGCUGGAAGGCUGCCCCUUGCUGAAAACUCCUCCGAAAGAAAUCCGCCUGAAAGGUUUCCAGACGACCUUGGCCUACCUGAAGAGACUGCUCAGUGGGUCAGUGACCUGCAAGAGAACAAAACUCAUGCUGGUUGGCCUGGGAGGAGCGGGAAAAACCAGCCUGGUGAAAGCUUUGCUGAGUGGGAAGAAUAAAGCAAAUCUGGAUGCAGCUGAGGAAAUCACAGAUGGUAUUGACAUUUGCCCUUGGACUGUGUCGACUGAUGAAGGAGACAUCACCUUCAGUGUAUGGGACUUUGCUGGGCAGACAGUCUACUACAACACCCAUCAGUUCUUCCUGUCGGACCGUGCGGUGUAUUUUCUCACCUGGAACAUCCGCCUUGGUCAUGAGCAUGCUGGCCUAGACUUCUGGCUCAACUCAAUAUCUGUCCAUGCACCCAAAGCUCCAAUAUUUGUGAUUGGCACACACUUGGAUCAGGUCUCCAAAGUGGAGCUUCCAAUGAAGGAGUUGCAGGCAAAGUAUGUGCAGAUUUGUGGUUUCCACUUUGUGUCUGCUCACACUGGUCAGGGUAUUGAAAAGCUCCAAGAGCAACUGGCAGAAGUGACCUUGAUGCAACAAUACAUGGGAGAGAAGAUUCCAGGAGUCUGGCUCAACUUUGAGGAGAACUUGAAAGAAAUUCAAAACAGAAGUGUGAUUCUUUACAAAGAGCUGGAAACACGAGCCAAUCGUUCUGGAAUCUUUGAUAGCACAGAAGUAGCGCAAGCUGUCCAGUUUCUCCACGAGCUGGGCUCACUGCAACAUUUCUCCAGCGCAGGACUCCGGACCCAUGUGGUGAUCAACCCACAGUGGAUCGUCGAUGUGAUGGCGUGCGUGGUGUCUGUCAAGGACUCUCACAUCAAGGAAGGCCGCCUGAAUCACUCAGAUAUCAAGCAAGUGUGGAAAGACUAUGACACAUCUCUGCACAACUGGCUUCUUAAGCUGACAGAGGAAUUUGACCUGACUUUCCCUCUGAAGAAUGAAAAAGUGAACCUUGUCCCAUGUUUGCUGCUUGAGAAGCAGCCAGAGUUUGAAUGGCCUGAGAUGGACAAAGGAGGCUACAACAAGGAAACUAAAAUUGUGUACAAAUUUGACUACUUACCUGCAGGUCUCUUCAACAGGGGUCAGGUCAGACUGCACCAGUUCUGUGAUAGUUCUCUUAUCUGGAAGCGGGGAUCAUAUCUGAGAAAGAAUGCCCAUGUUUGUCUUAUUCAUCAGUCAAGGGGCUCUGAGUUGACUGUGAAGGCUCAUGGACCACGCCCGGAGAAUAUUGUCUUUCUGGUGCAUGAGGUUUUUGAGACGCUUAUACUGGAGUCAUUCCAAGGCAUCACCUAUGACUUCUUCAUGCCCUGCCCUGACUGUAUGAGACUGGGAGUGAAAGAACCUCACAUGUUUGCUGCCUCCAUCAUUAGGAGGGCGACUGAGAUGAAAGCCCCUUUCCUUCAGUGUCUGAAAAACUUUCACACCAUUUCCAUAAGGAAUUUACAUGCCAUCAUGCCUCCUGACAGCAACCAGGACUUUGACCUUCACCUUGUGCAGGCUGUCCAGGGCAUGAAGGAACUGCAGGAGGAUGUAGCUGCUGAUGUGUUUGUGUCUUAUUGUGCCAAGGAUAUGGUACCUCAGCAUACCGAGACAGUAUUGCCAAGUAAAGUUAUUGAGGAUGUUGAAAAGAUUGGAUACAGAUGCUGGAUGCCGGCUGCAUCAGACCUCCAGUCCACCGAUGAGAUGGCCAAAGCCUUGUUUGACGCCAAGAUCUUCCUGGUGUUUAUGUCCAACAAUUUUGUCCUGGAUGAGGCUUGCUGCAACUUGUUUAAGUAUGCUCGGAUCACCCUGAAGAAGCCAGUGCUGCUUGUUGCCAUUGGCGAUAACUUAGACUGGAAGAAAAGUAACAUGGGAAUCCUUUUGGCAGAUGAGGUGUUCAUAAACAUGAUGAAGGCGAGUCGCUACCCACACAAAUUUGAAGAGUUGGAGAUCAUGCUGAAAGAAAAACAUGCUUUGAAGACAGACAAAAGGAAGCAGAAAGUAUUUCCACCCUGCUUCAUUUCUUACUGCUGGCAGAACUCGGCACAUGCAGUUGCAAGAGGCACCAGGGCAAGUGAUGGAGCUGUUGGUUUUGGUGAUCCUCGUGAGAUUAAGGAUUUCCUGCAGGACAACGGCAUCAAGUGCUGGAUUGAUGUGGAGAGGGUUGGCGUUGUGGGAAUCAUGUCUAUGGAUUACCCACUUGUCAGUUUCCAGGAGGGCAGCAAGAAUGCCAUGAACAAACUGCUGGAUAUGGUGAAGGUUCACAUUCCCAAUGAUGCAGAGUUGGUGCGGAGACAGGAGGAAGAGGAGAGGAAGGAGAAAGAAGCCAGGAAACUAAACAUAAAGGAGCAGCAGCAGCUCUCAUUUCAGGAACUUUGUGAAUUAGCCCAGCGAAAAUUUCUCCGCCAAGUGAGCCAGUACUCAGAUACUUUGGAUUCCAAUCAGUAUCCCAACUUGCUACUGGUUGAUUUCUAUCCUGAGGAAAAAGGGCAAGAAGAGUUUGACACUGUUCAAGUUCAAGGAGACAAAGACACUGCCUCAGACCCAUCAUCUGAGGGAAAUUCCUCUCAGAAAUCAGAUGACAGGUCGAAGGUCAACCAGCCAGUGCCUGAAAAGGAACCUAAAGAUUUUCACGAGAUGAAGUUUAGUGUUCGUCUGCUAUGUGAACAUGAAGAGGGUUGGCAUGUUACCGGCAAACCAAUUCUUCUGGACAAGAACUUUGGCCACAUCAUUGAGCAGUAUCUACCUUACAUUGCUCGAAUCACUGCCAUUGCCAAGUACAGCAAAAGAAUUGCUCUCCAGUCUGCAGCAUCAGAUACUGGCCGCAAGUAUCUCAAGUGGCUUGAAAAUAAUCCUAAUGUGACAACAAAUUCAGAUUUCCAAGAGAGCUACUUGAACCUGAGACAAAUGGUGCUAGAGGCUGACACUGGAGAAGUGCACAAGUUACUACAAAGGUGUCUGAUGCCGAGCGGCAAGAACAUGUGGCUGUGUAAGGAACAUUGCCAGGGCACUCGAGUGACCAUCUUGACCAGCGAGUCGCUGGCCACAGUCCACCAUGUGUCUGAGGCUCUCGGGGUGGACUACAUGCUUCAGGCCCUGAGAGAUGUCAACCUGGAUUUCCUACCCCAACAGCUGAGGGAUGCGGAACUGGCCAUGAAAACAGAGACAUCCAAGAAGAAAAAAGCACCGAAGCUCAAAGCUCCAUCAUCAGGGGCUCCUGACAUGUCUGGGCCGAGCCCACCAUCUUCAGAGAUGGACCAGAGAUCGCAGUCAAGUUUGACGUCUGCUGCAAUCAAUGACUCAUCUGCUGGGGUGGAGGCAACAGACAGGGAGACUGACCAACGUCCAUCGUCCAGACAUCUUCAAAAGCGACCGACACUGACUAGAUCAAAUACCAAGAGUAGAGCAUGUGCACUGAUGUGAAGUGUAAAAUGUGUGCUAAACUGUUCACUUUAUGGUGUACUGUCCCUUCAGAAAUGGUCUCGUGCCUUUCUAUUCACUACUGUGCUGUAGCAGGUUGAGCUUUUCAUUAAUUCUCUUUUGAUGUGUAAGGAGUUUUAAUACCAAGAAAAAUGAAAUUCAGAUUUUAGUACUGUCAAUCAACUGGCCAUUGCUGGUCCUCAUUGUACAGGACACUGAUUUUGAGCUAGAGUCAUUGUGUCUUGCUCAAGAAUGUUUUGCUCAAGAACACCCCCCCUGUGAUCACCCUCCUAAAUGCUGUGUCACCAACAUACCUAUGACUAUAUUAUUGUUAGACUGGGCUCUGUAACCAUUCUGAUAAUCAAUGUGUUUCUGUUGCAAGUGAAAGACAAACUGUUAAAAAAUGUGUUGCAUUUUGUGGCGUUGGAAAAGCUAGUGUCAAAAUGAAAGGCUUUGACGUCAUAAUGGUCAUUUCAAUCUUUACUGAUGGGCUGUGUCUAUAGGCUUACAAGACCAAAGAUACAGGCUAAGUGGAUGGAUGUUGUUAAAAUGAAACAGUACUCAAAAAGAGGCGGAUAACUCUGCUAAUAUAGUAUAUAUAUACAAGAAUACGGCAAAGUCCAAUAAGACUCCACAUGUACAACUUUUGUUUUGGUCCUUUGGAAGAAGUUUCAAUUUAAAAAGUCAUAACUGAAUUUAUGACGCUACUGGUGAUUCCUCUGAUUUGUUGCAGUGACUUCGAGUGCUGAGAGCCACUCUGUCAGGACACCAUAGCCAGGAAUGAGUCAAGAGAAAAAAAGGGCUUUUUGCUUUCAUUUAUUUUCUGUGAUAUUUGGUUCGGCAUCCUGUUAAUGUGACUUUUGUUUCUGUUGUAUGUCUUACAAUUGAGGAGUGCCUUUGUUUUAAAACGAUCUACCGUUUUCUGUAUUAUUGUUGUAAAACUUAGAGAAAUUCCUUCUGUAUAGUUAUUGUUCUUCUUUUUAAGAAUUUUUAAAAAGGCUUUUUAAUUUCUCAAACAUUUAUUAUAUUAUGGCUAUGUUUGUUUCUCGGAGUCUGUAUACAAAUUAUGCUGUGAUUAAAAGAAAUGUAUACUCUUUCUUUGUAAGUGAGGAGACCUUUGUUUAUUGUGCAGCUAUGAAAAGGAGGGGUCCAUUUCUCUUUAACCCUUUUAGCCCUGACGUCCUGAGGCUACCGUGCCCCUCUGCCUGAGCUCCUCAACAAUUCAUGUCUUUUUUACUCUCAGAUUUACAUCAUCGUCAGAAUAACAUUCCAUGUUCCUCUCAGGGUAGUCCUCGUCUUCACAAGCAUCUCUAAUUCACAAAGAUUUUCCAAAUAAUCAAUUAUGUCUGUUUUUUGUGCGCAUUAUGAUGUCCCCGUGGUUUUAUCCAAAAAGAAUUCUGAAAUUAUGCAAACUGAGCCCAAAAAUGUGA